GGUACUUUAGUUUAAUAAAAGUGCAAAAAAAGUGAAUAAAUAAUUCGUUAUUUUACCCCCUAAAUCAAGGAGCGAGAAACGGAGGCGUGUCAUUAUCUGCGAAGUUGGUCCAUAUAGAUGAAAAAUCAAUCUUUUAUUCUCGUUCAUGAUCAAAUAUACAGUUAAUUAAUCAGAGUAUAUACAAGUAACUGAAAUUGACGAUAGUUGCUAGGGUUACUACAUUCCACUUAUGUUUAGUACCGAGUCUCUUUUUGACAGUUGUUUUUUAAUUGUGCGUCUUUCUUAUUGAAUGUUCAUCAAUAUUUCAUUUACUACAACUGACAAGGGAUAUUGUACUUUUAAAUUGGAUUAAAAAAUCCACCGAACCGUGAAUUGGCCUAUAAAAAAGAGAGAAAUUUUCAAAAUUUUCAGAACGAGUUAAAGUGUGCAAACUAGUUGUCAACAAAAGAAAAUAAGAAGAAGCAGUAAAGAAUUCACUGGAUUCAAUCAUGAAGUUUCAGGUAGCAUUUUUAAUCACUAUGUUGGUGGCUGUUUACGCGAAGGCACUACCUCUAACAAAACCAACUGAUGCAGCAACAACACAAAAACCUAAAGUCGAUCCCAGGCUUCCACUGUUUAAAUACACUCUCUUUCAAGACGAAGAGUUUCAAGAUUCUGUCAUGCCGAUGGUUAACUUUUUCAAGCGACGAUUUAAAGAAGUGAUCAAGUCAGGAGCUGUCGAUCUAAAGAAAGGAAAGGUGUCAAGUGACGUGAGCACCACAUUUGGGGUUAGUGUUCCAAGUAAUUAUCCCUCGUGGUUUAUUUGCUUCUUGAUGGGUCACUGUUAAAUCAAUAAGUACUUGUUGAUAAUCCUCGCACGAGAUCCAUACUUGGUUCGCUGAAUUUUUUUUGUUUAUUAUGUUUAUAUUUUUAUUUAAUUUUUUACUUUUUUUUAAUGUAUACACUU